AUGGCUUGGCCACCUCCCUACUGGCUCUGCCUGCUGGGGACCUUGGUAGGACUCUCAGCUGCCCCAGCUUCCAAGAGCUGUCCAGCCAGACAUUACUGGACUCGGGGAGGACUGUGCUGCCAGAUGUGUGAGCCAGGCACUUUCUUUGUGAAUGACUGUAGUCGGAACAGAACAGCUGCCCUGUGUGACCGGUGCAUACCAGGCAUCUCCUUCUCUCCAGACUACCACACCCGUCCCCACUGCGAGAGCUGCAGGCAUUGUAACUCAGGUCUUCUCACUCGAAACUGCACAGUUGCUGCCAAUGCCGAGUGCACCUGCUCCCAGGGCUGGCAAUGCAGGGACCAGGAAUGUACGGAGUGUGACCCUCCUCUAACCCCUGCGCUGACCAUGCAGCAGUCUGAGGCUCCAGGCCCACAUCCACCACCCACCCACUUACCUUAUGCCCAAGAGAUACCAGAAGCCAGGACGGUCUGGCCUGUACACACUAGGCAGUUUCCUGCCUCAACUCUCUAUAACCACUGGCCAUCCCAAAGGCCCCUGUGCAGUUCACACUGUAUCCGAAUCUUUGUGACCUUCUCCGGCAUGUUCCUGGUCUUCAUCCUGGGUGGAAUCUUGCUCUUCCGUCAAAGAAGAAAUCAUGGGCCAAAUGAAGACAGCCAGGCAGUGCCUGAGGAGCCUUGUCCUUACACCUGCCCCAGGGAGGAGGAGGGCAGUGCCAUCCCCAUCCAGGAAGACUACAGGAAACCGGAGCCUGCUUCCUACCUUUGAGGCUGGGUGGGGCGGGGCCCUUUCCACUGAGGCACCGUCCAGGGGGAUCUCCCCUACCAUCGUCAUCAGAACCCACCCUUCUGAGACGGACAGUGAUAAGAACAGGGUCCCCAGUGCGAGGCCCAGCAGGCUUGGGGAGGCCCAGGCUCUAGCUGUAAAACACACUUACUAUAAACGAAGCCCCGUAGUUGACAAAAUCACACGCUGAGGGUGAUGAACAUGGCCUGCCAAGGGCUGGAGAGA